CAAAAUGGUUGACAGCUUGUAGAACAAUUGGUGAUUUUUUUGUGUACUGCCAUACGACCACACGACUGAGUUUAUUUUGUGAAAAAAAUUUUGUGGCCUGAAAUAGUUAGCGAAUGUAUUGCAUCCAACCGCAUUUAUGUUAUUUGUGGCCUAAGAAAUUUUUACUACUGAACAGCAUAAAUUUCUAUGAACUCAAAAAGCGAAACUGACGAAGCUUCAAGGGGGAGCGAAGCAUCAUCGUCUAAUAACAGUUCAACCCCACACAAUUCUGAGGCACAGCCGUCUUCAGGUUUAUGCAUAUCAACUGGUACAGAUAGCACUCAGGACAUUAUGAAGAGAGCAGCAGCUAAACAGCUGAUUGAGAGAUAUUUCUAUCAGUUGUUAGAUGGCUGUGGAAAUCCAGAUUGUGAUAACCAGUAUUGUGCAUCUAGCGGAGCGGCCCAAAACCUCACUCCAAACGAGGCUGCGGCUGAGGCCAUAAAGCUGUUCUACAAAGAGGCCCGUCUCUGUGACAGUCUCCCCAACAAAGUUCCUCGCACAGAGGCCAGUACGUGCAAUACAAGUGCCGGCACUACAUGUCAUAUAUCAAACACAAACGAAAGUGCAGACAACAAAGAAGUAAAGGCUGAUAUUCCCACAACAAGUACAUCACAAUUGGAGAGCACUUCCAAGGAGGUGAAACCAGAAACUAGUCAUAGUGUAUCACAACAAGAAGAAUGCAAAAAUCUUAGUCAUAAUAAUGGGUCGCCCUUGACUGAGGAGCGGAUCCAACUGUUGUGUGACGAGUGCCUUCGGACAAAAAUGCCGCAGCCCUUGGUGAGAGCUUUGGGCGAGGCGUUCACCCAGCCAGCUAUAUUGGCUAGGUGUUUUCAAAGCAAAAUUGAGCAAGAUAGAAGUAGUGAUGAUGGGGGGAAAAAUAAAGACAAAGAAUCAAAAGCAAUGUGUUCGUCCAGCGACCCGGACAAGGAUGUGGACAGUGUGGCGGGGCCGGGCCUCGACGUCGCGUCCUGUCGGAGAGCCUUCCAGUAUCUAGCUAAAGUGCCAUCAGAUUACUACAGUUCAGCGCUGGUCACUGCUCUAACGACCUUAGCGGAGAACCUCGAGAUAGACUUGCGGAUAACCAAGAAGAUGAGUAUGGAGGAUGCCGUGAACUGCUUCGUGAUAGCGUUCGAGGUGCCCGACCUGGGCUGCAGUGAUUACUUAGAGAUCGCUCUGCCUGCUUUGUGUCAUGCUGCGGAACAUUUGUCUGUCAAAGCGCAAGCUCGACUGGCUCGAGUAUGGGCCCAGCACUGUAAAGAGAGCCUGCGACACAUCCUGGAGACUCUACAACAGCUGAUAACCUUGAGAGUCAUCUCUACCAACUACAGCAGCCAUUUCACUUUGCAAGAAGACGAGAGCGUCACAAUGGCUACCAAGCUUAUGAAGAUAGUGUACUACGCCAACAUGGCGGCGGGCGCCAUGGAGCCGGGCUGGCUGCGCGAGGAGCCGGUGGCGGCGCCGCGCCAGCUCGACCCGCUCGGGGACGUCAUCGACCACCUGUUCGCGCCCAUGAAGGCCGCCAAACAUUCGCAGCCGGACGAUCCUUUAGCUGUGGAAUUAGAUAUUAAUGUAUUAGAUUCUAGAAAACCGUACUUGCCAUUUGAGGAAUUUUACAAUGAACCUCUUAGUGAUACUAUAGAAAUGGAAAUAGAUUUUGCAAAUUACAAGACAGAGCUACAUAACAGUAAGAAAUUCACGUUCCUACGGUAUCCGUUCAUCCUGACUCCAGCGACCAAAUCUCUGGGCCUUUACUACGAGAAUCGAAUCCGCAUGCAUUCGGAGAGACGCGUGUCGAUGUUCCACGCGGUCGUCGGCGCCGUGCCGCCCAUGCCUUUCCUCAGGCUCAAAGUGCGGCGAACGCAUAUUAUAGACGAUGCCCUAGUAGAGUUGGAAAUGAUAGCCAUGGAGCGCGUGCUUGACCUGAAGAAGCAAUUGGUGGUAGAGUUCGAAGGGGAGCAGGGCGUGGACGAGGGCGGCGUCAGCAAGGAGUUCUUCCAGCUCAUAGUGGAGGAGAUCUUCAAUCCGGACUACGGCAUGUUCACGCACCAUCCAGACUCCAAUACCGUUUGGUUCAACCCCACAUCGUUCGAGACCGAAGCGCAGUUUACACUGAUCGGUAUCGUGUUAGGUUUGGCGAUAUACAACAACAUUAUCUUGGCGGUGGACUUUCCAAUGGUGGUGUACAGAAAGCUGAUGGGAAAGAAGGGGUCAUUCGAAGACUUGGCUGAUUGGAAUCCUACAUUGUACAGAGGUCUAAAAGACAUGUUGGAAUACACGGGCGAAGAUUUGGAAGAGGUGUACUACCAGACCUUCAGGAUAUGCUACCAAGACGUGUUCGGCAAUAACAUAUUCCACGAUCUCAAGAAAGAUGGCGACAGCAUUUUUGUUACACAAGAAAAUAAGAAGGAAUUCAUCGACUUAUAUUCGGAUUUCCUCUUAAACAAGUCAGUAGAGACGCAGUUUAAGGCGUUCAGGCGCGGGUUCGUGAUGGUGACGGACGAGAGCCCGCUGUCGGCUCUGUUCCGCCCGGAGGAGGUCGAGACGUUGGUUUGCGGCAGUAAGAACUUCGAUUUCAACGAACUAGAAAAGUCAACGGAAUACGACGGCGGCUACAGCGCCGACUCCAAAAUAAUCCGGGAUUUCUGGAGCAUCGUCCACAGUCUUAGCAUCGACGACAAACGGAAGCUUCUCGAAUUCACCACCGGCUCGGACAGAGUCCCCGUCGGUGGACUCAGCUAUCUGAAACUAAUCAUUGCGAGAAACGGCCCGGAUUGUGACAGGUUACCUACUGCACAUACGUGUUUCAACGUACUCUUAUUACCGGAAUAUAACAGCGAAGAGAAACUAAGAGAUAGGCUAAUGAAAGCCAUAAGUUACUCGAAAGGCUUUGGAAUGCUUUAACGUUCGACCCCGCGCUUAGAUGAACAAAUGUUGUUGUAUUGUAUAGAGCCAUGACAUUGGUUUUGUAACAUUAAUGAAUAAAGUUUGUUUUAUUUAUACAGAAA